AUGUUAACUCAGGGACAACAAGAUGGGGGUGAUAUAUUAUUUGCCUUUAAUGGGUUAAACUCUCGUAUUCAAACACUAUUUGAAUCAAAACAACUUUAUCGUAUUAAUUUUCAACAUAGACAAAAAUCAAAAUUCAAUUGGUUAUGUAAUGUAAUCAGUCCCCGACAAAUACAAUCAUUAACAUUAUCUGAUAAUCCUGGUACAACGGGACAGAUUUAUCAAUUUUUAUCAAAAUUUUCCUUUGAUAAAUUUUCUGAUACUCUUCAAUCAUUAUCAUUAUACAAUGUUACUAGUGAUCAAUGUAAAUUGAUUCUAUCAAAAUUAUCAUCAUUUAAACAAUUAACUCAUUUAUCUAUUUAUAUUGAAGAAGAAUAUUCAAAUUCAUUAAUUUCUCUAAUCCAUGAAACAAUUCUAUCAGAUAUUAUACCAACAUUAAAAUAUUUUACAUGUUGA